CCGAGUGAGGGUUGGAAUGGAGCCGGCCCCCGAAUUUGGAAUGAGCUGAGGCUGUGGGGGAGGUUCUCACAGCCGUUGUAGUCGGUGCUGAGCUCUACAUCACCGAGCAGGUUUACAGGGUGAUUUAACGGUUAAAGCAGAUUCAUAGCUAUUCCCCAUUAAAAAAAAGGCUGAGGAAAUGUCAACGGCAAAACACACGUGAAGAUGUGCCUGUCAGCUACGGGAGCAACGAUGCCGACCGGGAUUGAAGCAAGAUCAAGAUCAGGCUGAAAGCUGUGAGCCAGCACUAAAAUCUUGGAAGCCAGUUCAGACAAACUGUUACCCCUGUUCACUAGAAUAACCACAGAUUAGGUAACAGGAGACUCCAGCGUUGUUUUAUUUGAAUUUUUUUUAAAAAUCACUGCUGAAAGUGUCAAUUAAGUACUACAGUCCAUUUGAAUUGAAGUUUCCUUGCGGCACUUGUCUUGCAGGAGUGCUGGUGGUGAGUAAGAACCCUCACUUGAUAACAUCGGGAGACGACGGCAGCAGCGAUUCUUCCUGCUCAGUUGCUGUCAACGAUCUAAUGCAGUAGCACCACAAAUAUGGGUUCUUAGCUGGAUAAGAAGCCAGAAGCUUAAAAAGAGUUCUGACCUGAUCAUAUUUCCUUUAAACAUUCUGAGUAUUUUUGUGGAGUGAUCAGUAAAAGAGGUGGUGAGCCUUUACAACAAGAUUUUCAGCAAUGGAUUCCAUCUCCAUCAUGAGAAAUGUGAAAGAUGCCAGUGAGACCUUCUUACCUAAUGGAAUGAGUGGCUUUAAGGAAGCAUCCAAGGCUACCAUCGGGAUUUUAGGAAGUGGAGAUUUUGCAAAAUCACUGGCAAUCAGAUUUAUCCGAUCUGGGUAUGCUGUUGUAAUAGGGAGCAGGAACCCCAAACGAGCUGUUGGCUUCUUCCCUCCUCUUGUUGAAAUUGUGCACCAGGAGGAUGCUGUUAUGAAAACCAAUCUCAUAUUUGUUGCUAUGCAUCGAGAGCACUAUACUUCCUUGUGGGACCUCAAGCACUUACUGGUAGGCAAAAUCCUUGUGGAUGUGAGUAACAAUGUGCGAAUAAACCAAUACGCAGAAGCCAACGCAGAGUACCUUGCUUCACUUUUCCCAAAUUCCACGGUGGUAAAAGGCUUUAAUGUAAUAUCUGCCUGGGCACUGCAGUUUGGUCCAAAAGAUGCGAACCGACAGAUAUACAUUUGCAGCAAUGUGGUGGAAGCCCGACAGCAGAUCAUUGAACUUGCUCGGCAGCUGGACUUUAUUCCAGUUGAUAUGGGAACAUUGGCUUCAGCAAAGGAGAUAGAAAACAUGCCCCUGCAUCUCUUUACCCUCUGGAAAGGCCCUGUGCUUGUGGCAAUUGGCUUAUCCAUAUUCUUCUAUAUAUAUUCAUUCAUCCGAGACAUUGUUCACCCCUAUGUGAAGAACAAGCAGAGUGACUUCUAUAAAAUUCCAAUUGAAAUCGUGAACAAGACCUUGCCUGUAGUUGCAAUUACUCUCCUCUCACUUGUAUACUUGGCAGGGUUGCUGGCAUCUGCUUUCCAGCUGAAUUCUGGAACUAAAUAUCGUCGUUUUCCCACCUGGCUUGAACAUUGGCUGCAGUGUCGUAAGCAGUUGGGGCUUUUGAGUUUCUUUUUUGCCUCAGUUCACACCAUCUACAGCCUCUGCCUUCCAAUGCGUCGAUCAGAACGUUACUUCUUUCUCAAUAUGGCUUAUCAGCAGGUUCAUAUCAACAUUGAAAAUUCUUGGAAUGAAGAGGAGGUAUGGAGAAUGGAAAUGUAUAUCUCCUUUGGAAUUAUGAGUCUGGGUCUACUGUCAUUGCUAGCAGUUACGUCUAUCCCUUCAGUCAGCAGUUCACUGAAUUGGAGGGAGUUCAACUUUAUUCAUUCUACACUUGGUUAUGUGGCCCUUCUUAUCAGCACCUUCCAUGUUCUGAUUUAUGGAUGGAAACGAGCCUUUGAGGAGCAGUACUACAGAUUUUACACACCACCAAACUUUAUGCUAGCUCUUAUUCUGCCUUUCACAGUCAUCAUUGGGAAACUUAUUUUGUUGUUUCCAUGUAUCAAUAGAAGACUGAGGAAAAUACGGAAGGGUUGGGAAAAGAGCCAGCUCACAAAUGAUACUUCAACAAUACUUCUUCAAGCAUCUCCAGAAAGAGUAACUGUUAUGUGAUAUUUUGCCAAAAAUUUAUUCUAUUUAAAGCCAUCCGUCUUUAUGAAAUUUUGACCUGUAUGUUAAAUUUGUUUAUUUAUACUGUAAAUUAAGGACAAAUCAUGUUUGGAACUUCAUCUGUUUCUUUCCCUGCUGUCUAAUGAUGGAUUCUGUAUUAAUUGUCGACUAGUCAAUAGUUUGUGAGAAUUUAUGGUUUAUCUCAGAAGAUGAAUUCAGAUAGUAAGUAGGAGGAUAUGAUUCAGUUGUUUGUUUUUAUGUCACAUUUUAAACUAAGUAUAUUAAAUGAGUUCAGUAUUAAAAUAGUAAAGUGCAGUGGUUAGUAAUGGUAAACAUUUUAGUAAUAUGAUGUCUACACACUAUUGGAAGAAUCUGUUAAAUAUUUUUAUUCCUAUUCUGUUGUUUUCCUGUGAAAAAAAUUGAUUAACUUCACCUGUCCCUAGCAUUGCCAGGAAUGCUCUUUAUAAUCAUUAGUCCAAGCACCAUGCUAUCCUAAAAUGUACUUUCUGUAUAAUAACAUGGAAAUUAAUUAUUUAAUAAUUUAAUGUUGCUAAGGAAAUGGAUAUUGCUCGCCAAAGGUCCAGGACAUAAUUAUAUUAUUGUACCAUACAGCUAGAUGAGAAAUAUGGUUGGCGACUUAAUCUGUACUGGAGUUUGUUUUUCUAAAAUUCCGCUUCUGGUAAGUUAGGAUGAGCAUUUCAUUAAAUUUCCAUUCUGUUACUUGUGGAUAAGUUGUGUUUAUUAGACAUAGCUCCUUAACUUUAAAAUUACUUUAAAAUGCGAUAAUAAUUAAAAAGUUCACUGUUUAUUAGGACAAAAUAACAUUAAUGCAACUGAUAUGACAAUGAAGUAACUCUAGUGUUCAUUUCAUGUUUCAUUUCAGUUAAGGAAUUUAAAAUAUUCCUUUCAAUAGAAUAAGAAUCCAGAACAAUGAAAAUAAGAUUUGCAAGAGUACAUCACUAUUAAAUGAUAGCGGUUUAGUGUAAAAAUGUAGUUCAGAUUUUCAAAGGGAUUGUUAUUCACCAUGGAUGAAAUGAUAUAUCACUGCAUUAACACAUAGAUGCAGCACAGCUUUUGGCACAACAGUAAGUAAUGUGCAGUGCAGUGUUCAUAAUUACCCUGUAGCUAUUUAUGUCAAAGUUUAGCAAGCUAUAUAUGUGUUAGUUUUAUUAUUUUUCAUUAAACACAUCAACUUUCUAAUUUACACUUCAGUCUGUUGUUUGAGUGGUGGCACAGUACUCAUGAUGUUCAAUAAAAUCUAUUUGCUGAAUUUUCCCUUUGAGGUUAGCAGAGAGUGAGUUUCGUUACAUCCAGUCCAGCAUGGCCUGGGCAAAGUUUCUCAUACAAUCAUCCUAUUUCACAUCAUUACUUGUGCAAGCAAGCUAUUGAACACAUUUCUUUGGAAAUCACAAAGCCAAAUGUGCUGAAGGACUUGCCACUGCUGUGACUUCAGAUUUAGAAGCCUCCAGCAUGAUCUUUAAAAUCCAACUGCACACCACUUCAGAAGCUGUAAACCAGGAACUACUUCUCAAAUUGUGUGCUCAACACUCAAAUAUCACAGAGAAGCGUAAGAUAGCUCCCCGCUUUUAGGGCAGGGACUUGGAAGUACUGGUGUAUGGAACAUGAGAGAGGAGAGCAGUCCUUUUGUCUUGCUAACUGAUAAAGGGUACCACAUCAACAGACCCACUGAGCUUGGAUAUCUGAUGGAAGAGGGAUGAGAGAAGUGCUGCAGCAAUGUCAGUGGUCUUCUGCACUCACAAGAGUGCUACUAUCUUUGAUCAGCUCAUGCUCACAGAGCUAUCACUCAGUCUAACAUCACCAUAGACUUGAUGGAGUGUGACCCACAAUAUUGCAUGCAUCUUGUCCACUCAAAGAUUCACACCCUGCUCAUUCUGCUAAAAUACUAAUGUUUCAUGACCUCUGCACUUCCUAUUCACUUGGUACAUUUCUUGCUCCUCCAGCGACACUGGUUGAUCUUGUAUCCAUUUCCAACAUACACAAUCCCUUCCUUUGUUUCAUUGCAAGUAAAAUGGACUGAUGUUCAACAGCACCCUACUGGCCUACUUGUAAUCCACGGACUGCAAUUGACCUACAGGACUGACCAUGAUCAAAAUCCUGUAGUGUAAUCAGACAAAUGUCUUGACUGAUUUUUGUGAUACCCACUGGAUGACUGUAUUCCAACUUCAUCCCACUAUUGACUUUUCCCCUUUGACAUUUAGUCAUAGCUAUUUACUUGAAGAACAUGAAAUGUGCCUACUGUGUAAGCUGUGGGUGUCUGUAAGCUCCAAAAUUAUGCUUAAAGGCCUGAAGUGGCUGAAUUGAUCUGACAGAGACGUGAUGAUAUGAUGUGGUUUGGAGUUUUGUGGAUAAGGGGUCAAGGAGUUUAGUGGCCAUUGAUCUGCAGAGAUGUUACCCAGAAGAAACAUUGGCAUGAUGGCCAGGACAGGCAUUUGGCAAGCUGCGGCAUUGAUUUACCUGUCAGAAAUUUGGCCCAUCUAGCUCAAUCACCAUUUCUCAGUGGAGGGGAGAAGAAUUGAAUUGGGAAAGCAAAUAGAGUUUGGAUUUUAAUGAGAUGUGAAUGCAUGGAAAUGAAGUAACCACCAUGAAGGAUGAGGUUCUGAAAUUGCUACUUAAGACUCAAUGGAAACAACAACAGAAUUUUUCUCAACAUCAAGAAUUUGACUUCUUCCUUCUCAUCUUAUUUUGACACCAUUCUUGCUCUUUUUUUUCAUUCAUUCCUGAGAUGUCGGCAUCACUGGCUGGCCAGCAUUUAUAGCCCAUCCCUAAUUACCCUCAAGGAGGUGGUAGUGAGCUGCAUUCUUGAAUCACUGCAAUCCACCUUGCUGUGGGUUGAGAAACAAUGCCCUUAGGGAAGGAAUUCCAGGAUUUUGACCCAAAGACAGUGAAAGAAUGGGAAUGUACUUCCAAGUCAAGAUGUUGAGUGGCUUGGAAGAGAACCUUACAGGUAGUGGUAUUCCCACGUAUCUGCUGCCUUUGUCUUCUAGAUAGAUGUAGCCAUGGACUUGGAAGGUGCUGUCCGAGUAUCUUUGAUGAAUUUUAGCAGUGCAUCUUGUACAUAAUACACACUACCACUAUUGAGUGUCGGUGAUGGAGGGAGUGAAUGUUUGUCGAUGUGGUGCCAAUCAGUUGUCCUGGAUUGUGUAAAACUUCUUGAGUGUUGUUGGAGCUACACUCAACCAGGCAAGUGGGGAGUUUUCCACCACACUCCUAACUUGUGUAUUGGAAGUGAUCGACAGGCAUCUUGGCAUCCUGAGAAGGAGAAAAGUUUGUCAUACAUUCCCAAGCACUUUUCGUAUCUCAACAAAUGUAAACUUUAUUAGUGGAGAAAUCUGUUUUGAAACUGUAUGCUUCUUGAUUAGUGCCAUUUGGCCAUUUUCAUGAAUGCUGUGUGCAAUUUCUGGUGUGUAUUUUGAUUCAAUCUAUUUUUUGCUGUAUCCAUAAAAUAUACAGAAUGAUGCUUCAGUGUUUGAAUCGUUAUGGUCACCUGGCAAAAAAAUUAAUGUAAAAAGAUACCUUUGCUGAUAAUAAAUUUUGCAAAAUAA